AUGUGUAAAACAAAUGAUGUCAUUGAUCGACUUGGUCUUACAGGAAUCGAAGAACCUAAUGGAGGCCAUGACUAUUAUCAUUACAUUGCUAGCUUUCCCAUUAAAUUCUGGUAUCUAACUGGCGAGACACUUCAGACAUUUGGUGAGGUCGUUGUGGACAUGCGAAUGUCAAUAAUAUUUCACGACCGGACAUACCGUCGCAACAGAGUCCGUCGCAGGAUACGAGUUCAAAGAUUGAAUAUUACAAACAGRCUCCUCCUAGUGUUUAUUUGGCUGAGAAGAUAUCUUAGAAUGCAAACCCUGGCCAUGAUGUUUAAAGUGGACGUUACAUAUGUAAGCAAAAUAAUACAAGAAAUAGUUCCUCUUCUACUUGAGAAAUAUUCGCGACAAGUCGUUUGGCCAACUUUAGAAGAGUGUAGAGGUUGGCUGGGGCACGGGAAAAAAUUCCCGUCCUGUGUUGGGAUAAUUGAUGCAACGACUCAUCCAAUAUGGCCACCAUCUCAACGACAGGCAAUGUUUUAUAGAGGCGACAAAAAGAAACACUUCAUGUCAAGCCACGUCAUCGUUACUCCAGAUGAGAUGAUAGUUAAUUGUUCGGCUGCAUUCCCCGGACAUCUCAACGACACUAAUGGAUUUAACAUGAUGCCAAGGAUUGGUCCGCAGUGUGCUCUAGAUCUCCUGCUGGCUGCCAUAUUAUUUCUGACAACGGUUAUCCUCCCCAUCCUGCUCUGAUUAAACCUAAAAGAAGAGCCCAAGUCAAUGGAAACCCAAGACUACAGGAGAUAAACAGGGAGCUCACUAGCUGUCGGAUUAAAGUAGUACA